CUCGGGUCGGACGUGGCCUAAUUCACCAAACAGGCGAUUCCAGUGUAGCAUUAUCUCUGGAACAGAGGUAUUUGACAGAAAAAUCAGGAGAAGACACGGCCUCAAAAUGAAGGAGGGUCUCACUUUUUGGUUGAUGUUUUCCACGCUGGCAGCAGUUUUUGGUACCUCGCUGCUUUUUGGGUACAACAUCGCCGUACUGAACACCCCCGACACGAUCAUCCAAGCGUUCUACAAUCGGACUUACUAUGAACGAGGCGGAGAAUACAUGGACAAGAAAGCUCUGGAACUUUUGUGGGCUGUCACCGUGGCCAUUUACGUGGGCAUCGGGAUGAUUGGGGCCUUCACCACCUCAUUCGUGGCCGAUAAAUUUGGAAGGAAAGGGGGCCUCAUGUUCAACCACACGUUUGCACUGAUUGGCACGUUGUUAGAAGGUCUGUGUAAAGUCACGGCCGCACCUGAACUUCUGAUAGUGGGCAGGGGCUUCGUGGGAUUUAACUGCGGUAUGACUGUUGGCAUGGUGUCCCUGUACAUCACAGAACUGGCGCCAAAAGAACUUCGUGGAGCUAUUGGCGCCUGCCACCAGAUGGCGACAACUAUCGGCAUCUCAUUGGCUCAAAUCCUUGGCCUCAGGGAGAUGAUAGGUGGAGAAGAGCUAUGGCCACUGCUAGUUGCGUUCUGCGGGAUCCCGGCCCUGAUCUCACUGUUGUGCCUUCCAUUCUGCCCGGAGAGCCCGAGAUUUCUGCUGCUGAACAAAAAAGACGAAGAGGCAGCUACAAAAGCGCUACAACGACUUCGUAAUCAUGACGACGUUUCAGCGGACAUAAAUGAAAUGAAGGUUGAGGCAGCCGACGCAGCAAAACGGGCCAAGUUUGCCUACAUUGAUCUCUUCCGUCACCCUGAACUGCGCAUGCCCGUUCUCAUUUCCGUUAUAAUCCAGGUGGCGCAGCAAUGGUCUGGAAUAAAUGCGGUGUUCUUCUAUGCCGCUAAAAUCUUCCGCAAUGCCGGGGUUGACGACGAUAAGGUGCCAUAUGCUAUCAUUGGAACUGGGAUUAUCAAUGUACUCGCUACCAUUGUCUCGAUGCCACUGAUAGAGCGCCUAGGGCGGCGCCCUCUGUUGAUCUGGCCCAUGGGGUUGAUGGGCAUUUCCUGUAUCGCAAUCACAAUCUCCCUUAGUUUACAGGAUACGUACGCCUGGAUGGCAUAUAUUAGCAUCAUCUUCGUGCUAGUCUAUGUUAUAGGAUUCGCCCUUGGAUUAGGGCCCAUUCCACAGUUUGUGGUAGCUGAACUGUUCCGCCAGGAGCCGAGGGCUGCAGUCAUUGGACUAGCUCAGUUUGUCAACUGGACCUGUAACUUUAUCCUGGCGCUGACCUUCCCCUUUCUCCAGGAGGGCCUGCAAGAGUACACUUUCUUACUAUUCUUGGUCAUCAUUGUCGCGUGCAUCGUCUUCUUGGCUUUCUUCUUACCGGAAACCAAGAACAAGACUUUUGAGGAAAUCGCCACGCACAUGCGCACUUUGGGAAAGACAUCCGAAGUGCCGCCUACCAAUAAGGAAGAAGAAUCAAAUUUAUGAAAAAAGCUUUUAAUUGUUAUAGGAAAUGGAUUUUAUCAUUGUUUUUUAUUUCUUAUCUGUUAUUUUUUAUGUACAUAAUCUUCUUGGGAAAUAUUCAAUAUAAAAGACAAAAUUCUUUAUUUAGCCCUUUUUGUUUGCGAUCUCCGAUUAUGUGCACAACAGCAUAUAAUCUAAAGCUCCCAGUCUUUCAACCGUGAUAGGAGUACUUUUUUAUAUAAAAACGGAUGAAUCAUUGCUGUCGAUGUAUUUUCCAUAAAGCAUUGAUACUAGUAUGUUAAUUGUUGAGUAGUUGCCAAUACUGUUUCUUCGGAGUUCAAACGAAUGUUUUUUCUUCCAUUUUAUACAAUUAAGAAUUUAUAUAAAAUGAUCUAAAAGAAUUGACGGCGGUAUGAUACAAAAUUAGUAAAGAUUCAUAAGAUUCGUGUUGAAGAUUGCCUUAUGCAAAAGAUUGAAAUGCUUUUAUAUAUUAAUUCCCUCGAAACAGGGUUGCACGCAUUCAUCUGGUAUCGAACAUUCUGUCUGUUUAUAUUGUUUACAGUCUUUUCUUUUGAUGUUUUGCCUAAAACAUACUCCGUCAAAACACAACGACUUGAUUUGAAGCUCUGUGAACUCAAUGGAAGAGAUAUACUAGUGCCAUAAGUUUGGUUCUUGUAUGCCGUUCAUUGUGCGUUGAAUAAAGAGAAGGUGCAUUGUGCAUGUACUACACUGUAGUAGUCUUAAAGAAAGCCAACUGUUGUGUUCACAAGUUACUUAACCCUUAUUUCGUGUGUGUUAGUUUUUCAAAAUGCCCCUUUAACUCCGGAUCAAGGUCAAAAGAACGACAGUUAAACGGUAUCUCACUUUGAAAGCCUAGGUCUCUGUCUUUCCAGUGUAUCCAAAGUGAAAAGAAGCGAUUGGCUAAAGACAUCUUUAAUUGGAAUAAA